AUGCUGCGGGAUCAGGCUCUGGGGCUGGGGAAGGCGCUCCGUGCCUCAGUGUCCCCUGUGCUGCGGGACGGAAAGCCCGAAAUCCUGAUCAAGGUGCAGGUGUACGUGAGCGGGGAGCUGGUGCCCCUGGCCCGGGCCUCAGUGGACGUGUUUGGGAACCGCACGCUGCUGGCUGCCGGUACCACAGACUCUGAGGGCGCAGCCACCCUGCCGCUCAGUUACCACCUGGGCACCUGGGUGCUGGUCACUGCUGCCCGCCCUGGCUUCCUCACCAACUCGGCGCCCUGGCGGGUGGACAAGCUGCCCUUGUAUGCCUCUGUCAGCCUCUACCUCCUCCCUGAGCGGCCGGCUACCCUCAUCCUCUAUGAGGACCUUGUGCACAUCCUGCUGGGCUCCCCUGGUGCCCGCUCUCAGCCCUGGGUGCAGUUCCAGCGCAGGGCCGCGCGCCUGCCGCCCAGCGCCACCUACAGCCAGCUGUGGGCCUCGCUCACGCCCGCCAGCACCGCACAAGAGCUGCGCGCCUUCCCGGCCUUCCUGGGCACCGAGACGCCUGGCACAGGCAAUGGGUCCUGGCUGGAGCUGGCUCCCCUGACAGCCGUGAGCGUGCAGUUGCUUGCAGGCAAUGGCUCCGAGGUGCCACUUGCUGGGCCUGCACACCUGGCACUGCCGCUGCCCACCGAGCCACGCGCCCUGGCUGUGGGCACUGGCAUCCCGGCCUGGAGGUUCGACCACAAGAGUGGACUGUGGGUCCGCAAUGGCACCGGCGUGAUCCGCAGGGAGGGCCGCCAGCUCUACUGGACUUUUGCCUCCCCGCAGCUGGGCUACUGGGCAGCUGCCGUGGCCUCGCCAGCUGCUGGGCUGGUCACCAUCGCGGCGGGCAUCGCGGACUUCGGCGCCUACCACACCGUGUUCCUGCUCACCAUCCUGGCCGCGCUGGCGCUGCUGGUGCUCAUCCUGCUGUGUCUGCUUAUCUACUACUGCCGGAGGCGCUGCCUGAAGCCCAGGCAGCAGCAGCACCGCAAGCUGCCGCUCUCCGGGCCCGCGGACGGCGCCAAGCGGGACCAGGCCACGUCCAUGUCGCAGCUGCACCUCAUCUGCACAGGGCCUCUGGAGCCUGUGUCCUCCGGGGACCCCGAGGCCCCACCACCCGGCCCCCUGCACUCGGCCUUUUCUAGCACACGUGAUCUGACCGCUUCUCGCGACGAUUUCUUCCGUGCCAAGAAUCGCGCAUCCAGCCGCCCCUCCGAGCCCCUGGGGGUUCGCGGGGGAGAUGGGGCGGUGCUCCGGGGCAUGCGCAGCGCUGAAGAGCCAGCACCCGAGGAGCCCCGGCGCGCGCCCCCGGGGACUGCCGCCUUCACCCGCGAGCCACCCUCACCACCGCCCUUUGAGCGCCCCACGGGCCCCCCGGGCACGGCGGAUGUCCGGGGUCCCGAGUUCCCGCCCGCGGCCGACCCCUCCGGACGCCCCCCGUCCCUGGGUGCGGCCGGGCCGCUGCUGCUGUGCGGUGCGCUCGACGCCCUGCCGGACAGCGUGUACCGCGGUGUGCUACCCACGCUCGUCAUCCCUGCGCGCUAUGUGCGCCUGGGCACCGAGGCCGCCGCGGGGAGCUCGGAGCCCACUGUGCCGGAGGGCGCCGCGCGCGCCUUCCCCGCAGCCGAGCCUGCCCGCGCCCUGCCCGCGCCCGGCCCUGCUGCGCCCGUGACCAUCCCUGUGCUGCUCGACGAGUCGGCCGUGGCGCAGCUCAAUGGCGAGCUGCAGGCGCUGACGGAGCAGCAGCUGCGCGAGCUGGGCGUGCGCCCCCCACCGCGCGCCUGGUUCGUGUCGCUGGACGGGCGCUGCAAUGCGCAAGUGCGCCACUCCUACAUCGACCUGCAGGCGGGAGCACGCGCGGACGCCGGUCCGGACCCCGGGGUGGACGCGCACGAGGUGAGACCCGCGCGCCCCCGCCGCCCCGCGCGAGACGAACGCCCACCCGCGCCCCCACGCCUGGCGCUCGGCGAGGACACGGAGCCCAGCAGCAGCGAGAGCCGAACGGGACUGUGCUCGCCCGAGGACAACUCGCUGACACCGCUGCUGGAUGAGGCGGUGGCGCCCGAAGGCCGCACAGCCACCGUGCCUAGGGGCCGGGGCCGCAGCCGCGCAGACAGUUCUCGCAGCAGCGUGAGCGAGCUGCGGCGCGACUCGCUCACCAGCCCUGAGGAUGAGCUGGGAGCCGACACGGGCGACGACACAGGAGACAAGAAGAGCCCCUGGCAGCGGCGUGAGGAGCGGCCACUUAUGGUGUUCAACGUCAAGUAGUCAGUGGAGGGUUCCCAGGCCCCGCUGGGCUGGGUGAUCCCACGGGGCCCCUCGGGUCAGGCAGCACCAGGGAGGAGGGCUGGGGGGAAGCAGGAGGGCGACCUGGAGGUUCCCGGGGAGGGGAGGGGGUGCAGCCUGUUGACAGGGCCACCCAGAGCUGGGAGGUCACAGGGCUGUGUGGGGCAGCCUCAGGGGCUGGAGGCGUGGGAUGG